AUGUCCGAUAUCAUCGCCGCUAACAAACAGGCCAUCUUCACCCACAAAGAAGUUGCCCAGGUCAAUCUGCCUGCUGUGUCGGGAGAAUUGGGUGUGCUCGCCAACCACGUUCCAUUUGUUGAAGAAUUGGCCCCUGGUGUUGUCGAGGUCAUCGAGUCCAGCGGAACCACCUCCAAAUAUUUCAUCUCUGGAGGCUUUGCCAGCAUCCUCCCAGGCUCCAAGUUGAACGUCUCCACCGUCGAGGUUUUCCCAUUGGACGCCUUCUCCUCCGAAAGCAUCAAAACACAACUCGCUGAGGCCAACAAAAACGCUUCCUCUGCCGAUGAGUCGGUUGCUGCCGAGGCCGCCGUCGAAAUCGAGUUGGCGAACACGUGCGACCGUGCGGCCGCCAGCCCAAACGUUGUGGCAGCAGCGUCCUUCACGUCCUGUAACGGGUCCGUCUCGCUCUCCUCCUUCACUUCCUCCGGCUUGUCCAGCUUCUCAGCGGUCUUGUCGUCCAGUACUUUGUUAGCACGCGCAGCAGCAGCAUGGGCCGCGUCCGAGUCGACCAACGUCGUCAAAAACGCCAAUGUCGACAUGAUCGGGUUGUCGUUCGGAGAAAAAGAUAGGUUCGGAACGUACUUUAAAGGUCCAAGAAGCUCCUUGUUUUUCUCAAGAAACUCGUCCUCGAUAGGGAACUGCAAGAACCGAAGAAUACACUGCUCGGGUGUCUUGUUACCAACAUGCUCUGCAAUCUUGUACCAUUCGUUCGGAAACUGCUUCACGCCUUCCACAAGCUUCUCCAAAUCUGUCUCGGACCAGCCUUUGUUGAUAUCUGGCUUUAUAAUCUUGCGUCUUUUCACAGAGUCUCCGUUCGAGCUUUCCAGCGAACCACUCGACUUAAGUAGUUCCUUUAACUUGGUGAGGUCUGGUAGCUCCACAGGAGGCUUGUAG